AUGAGCGACCCAAGUCCAAAGGGGAAGGGAAACACCCCGAACGGCGGCAGCAUCGCGACCACCACCACCACAACUCCCUCUACCAUCAACAACACCACCGCCAAACCCACCGCCCCCAUCCCCAAUCCAACUCCGACUCCCAAUCCCAACCCCAUCACGACCCCCCCAACCACAACCACCACCCCCAAUACCAACCCCAACCCCAACACCUUCGCCCUCGCGCAACUUCGCCUCGCCGCCCGACGCGCCACCCUCGAAGCCGACGCGGCCGCGCGCCACGCAGCGCAACAGUCCGCCUCGCAACUGCGCACGCGCAUCGCCGCCGCCCAGUCACCACUGCUCCGGCGGCUGGGCACGUCGACUCUUUCGCUGUGGGACGCCAUCUCGGGCCGCGAGGGCACGCGCCCCGCGUUCCGGGUCGGCCAGGUGGAUGCCGAGUUGCUGGAUGAGGAGCUGGUCGGGUUGUUGAGGGGCCAGGUGGGGGAUGCGUUGCGGUAUGUGGGGGGUGGGGUGGGGGGUGGGGGGGGAGGUGCUGGUGGUGCUGGGGGGAGUGCGGUGUUGCAUGAUUGGGAGGCGGAGGUUUCGUUGGUGUUGAGGGCUGUGUUGUUUAAGUUGACGGUGUGGGACCAUGACGCGACGUACGGGGCGGCGCUGCAGAAUUUGAGGUAUACCGAUGCGAGGCGUGAUGGGCCGGGGCUGGUGCCGCCGAGUAAGUGGCAAAAGUCGUUGUAUGGGCUGGUGACGGUGGGGGGGAGGUAUUUGUGGGCGAAGUGGGAGGAUUGGUUGCUGGAGCAGGACGAUGGGUUCCAGGGGCCGAGUCCGGGCGCGCAGAGGCUCGCGAGGUGGAGCUCGAUGCUGUCGACCAUGCACGCGUCCGCGGCGUUUGCCUCCUUCCUCGUGUUCUUGUUGCAUGGGAGGUACAGGACGCUGCUGGACCGGGUGCUGCGGAUGCGCCUGGCUCCGCCGACCAGUCAGGUCAGUCGGGAGGUGUCGUUCGAGUAUCUCAACCGGCAGCUCGUGUGGCACGCUUUUACCGAAUUUCUGCUUUUCGUGCUGCCCUUGGUGGGCAUUAACCGGUGGAGGCGGUGGCUGGCACGGACAUGGCGCAAGACAAAGAAGAUCAUGACUACGGGUGCUGAGGGCGCCGACGAGAAGAAGGGCGAAUAUUCCUUCCUACCAGAACGGACAUGCGCCAUCUGCUAUCAAGACCAAAACUCAGUGUCUAGCGAGAACGACCUCAUGGCCGCAACCUCGAGCGGCGUUGUCGGCUCGGCGCAGACGGACAUCACAAACCCCUACGCAACCAUCCCGUGCGGAUGUAUCUACUGCUUCGUCUGCCUAACGACACGGAUAGAAAGGGAGGAAGGCGAAGGGUGGUCCUGUCUGCGAUGCGGCGAACUGGUCAAGGAAUGCAGGCCCUGGAGCGGAGACGUGCUGGAGCCCGAAGUGAAACCGCCCGCCGCCAAAACGGUGGUAUUCGCCGACGACGUCAAGACCACGUCGGAUAAUGGAGAAUAUGGAGAGGAUAAUGAAGGAUAUGGAGAGGAAGAGAGUUCGCAGGUCCUGGUCGAGGCGGACCCGGACGGCAGCGUGGAGGAUAUCCGCCCGCAAACACCCAGCGUCGCGUCUUAUCAAGCCGAUGGUUCGGGGGGAUCUGAGUCGGGAGAACGGGAAAGAAGGAGGAAGUCGUCAUGUCCGUGCCGGUUGUCAAGCACUCUUAGUUCGGCCAAGAAAUUCACAGCCGUGUUCGGUUUCGGUCUCUCCGCCGCCCAGGUGCUGCUCGUCAGCCUCUAG